CAAGAACGUUUACCUUACCGUGACCAUGACCUCUAUGGCGAGGCUCGCACGUCAGGCCAAUAUGCUUUGCACUCGUUCGCAGCCAUCGACCUACAUCUUCUUGUUUUCACAUGGUCACCAUCACAAAAUUCAUACAUUUGGCUUAUGUCGCAGGACAUUUGUGACUCACCAAGACACUGCAUCUUCUUCAUUGCUUUCUUCUGCGCUUGACCAGAAACAGCGCGCAACGCGUCUGAACCGAGAGGACUCGGUGGGGCCAUUUGCGCUUGGAAUAUCUCAAGGAUCUCUCAAGAAUGGAAAGAAAGUGAAACAGUGGUCCGAGCUGAGCACCGGUGGGAAGGUGGUUCGGACAACGCAGCGCACUUCGAACCUUGCUGUCAUUCUUUUGGGUGCCGGGCUUUCUGCUGUGCUUAUAUAUGCCCUUACAUCGGAGUUGUUCUCAAAGAACUCGCCUACGGUCCUUUUCAAUGAUGCUUGCGAUCGUAUCAAUUCGUCUCCUCGGGUUGCAAAGUACUUGCGAGCACCUCUUAUAUUCCACAAUAAUCCGCCCUCCUCCACACGACCAAGGCAUAGGCAUAGGCACGUUUCAUCUCAGGUCGCAGUGGAUGCUUCAGGGCGAGAACACAUGCUCCUUAACUUCUACAUACAAGGGUCGUCAUCCGCUAAAUCAGCUCAGCAGGCCGAUGAAGACGCGGGUCCUUCAUACAUAGAAUCUUUGAGCUCCUUGACUCUAGAGGAAACCAUGGCGCUUGCAAAGGAGAAACUGGAGUCGAUUGGGCAAUCUGCAAAACGUGCAUUCAGAUACUUGAGUGGCGAUGUCGCUCCAUCGCCUGCUCCUUACCCACAACUGUCAACUAAUGACAACCAGGAGAACGAAAGAGAACAAGAGAAGGGCCUCUGGAGCUUUGCCGGGCUGUUCUCAGGGUUGAAGGGACGGAGAAGUGUAGCUGAGGGUGCAGGUGACUCAGGCGUUUCGUGGACAGAGGGAGAGGUCCAUGCCGAUCUUGUCCGGAACGACGAGGGCUACUUCGUCUUCCGGUACCUCCUGAUUGACAUACCAAACUCAGAAACCCGGCAUCCAGUGAGGGUAUUCGUUGAACGAGCACCAGGUGUCCGGGAGAACGAGCCCAUCAUGCGGUUCACUUCGGCAUAAAUUGCUGAACUUGCCACCCUGAUACCUAAUUCGAAGGUAGGGGAGCAGGUCAUCCAUUAUCUUGGCAUAGUAGAAGUACUCUACUUGCCAUGCACAUCUGUAUUAUAUGGUACAUAUAUGCCAAUGCGAGUAAUGUAGCAUACGCUGUCUACUCGCCGAAAAGCCUCUGAACGCGCUUCAAUACCGAAUCUUUCGAAGGGUCAUAUGGAUGGUCCUUAGAAGGUAUCUCGAGCAACGUAGGGAAUGCUUCUUGAUAGCGAUCCACCGUCGGUCGUAUCUUCUCUGCUAUCUAAGAGUACAUGUUAUAUUCAGGUCAUGGAUGCGACCGAUGGGGUGUUUGAGCUCACAUGCUGGUUGAUGAGGACGAUGG